CUAACUGCCAAUUCAAUUUUCGAUGACGUUUAUUAGUUCAUCAUGUUGCUGUGCUAAGAGAAAUCACACUUAUCCUUUGUAUGCAAGACAGGUUUCUACCAAUUAUUGUACAACUAUCUAUUAUUGGAGUUUUUCAAAAUAUCGCUACUUUUCUGAAAGAUUGGCUCAUCCAAUCAGUUGGAGACUCUUUCCAAGAGACAGAACUUCUUUGUUCAAGGCGUCUUCUUAUAGACAAGUUACUGCAGUGAUCAACUCGAAUGAUAUACGUCCAGGAACGACUAUUCUUGUCGAUGGCUCUGUACACCGUGUAAUCGAAUUUCUUCACGUCAAGCCAGGUAAGGGCGCGGCUUUUGUAAGAACCAAACUGAAGAACCUGGAAACCGGAUCUACCGUGGAAAAAACUUUUCGAGCUGGUGAACGUAUUGAUGAAGCUACCUUGGACAAAUUGGAUAUGCAGUUAGCGUACAUAGAAGGCGAGCAGUACGUGUUUAUGAAUCUAGAGAGCUUGGAUGAGGAAAGAAUAUCAAAAAGUUCUCUAUCUUCGGCAGCUCAGAAAUACUUGAAGGAAGGGGAGAGUGUCAGUAUUCUCAAACACAAUGGAAGAGUUUUAGACUUGGAGAUACCUCCCAAUGUUGUGUUGGAAGUAGUUUAUACAGAACCGGGUAUCAAGGGAAACACUGCACAAGGUGGCACAAAGCCCGCCACUCUCGAGACAGGUGUCACUGUGAACGUUCCUUUAUUUGUUGAAACUGGAGAUAAAGUUAAAGUGGAUACUCGAGAAGAUAAAUAUAUCUCUCGAGCUUGACUUUUUUGAUCAUUCAUGUUAUUUGUGGUAUUUUUCAUUUAAUAUAACACUGCCAAAGAAACUGUUGUUGUUUUUGUUGUAUAUCACUUAUCAUGAAGAACCAUGAUGAUAAGACUUGAGAGAUAACAAUGAAACUUUGUUACGAGUC